AAUUGCCUGAAAAGUUAUAUGUAGUAAAUGAAAUUCUCGUGUCACGGUAUACAAAACUGAUCACCUCUGAAACGGCUCGACCGAUUCUUAUGGAUUUUUUGUUGUGUACAUAUUCAUUGGUUCUGAGAAUAGGCUAGUUGGCACUUUUUUAUUAUUUGAUAUAUUACAUAUAUUUUUGCUAUGCAGCCAUAAACGCAGUCCGCCAUGAUGAUCUAUAUUAUCUAUAUUAUCUGUGCCGUGACGUGACGUGAGUACGUGACUUUUCUUGUAAAUAAUGCGCGUAACCUUUUUAUCGGAAUUCAAAACUAUGUUUUCUAAAGGAUUAAAUGAUAAAUAUAGUAAUUACCACUAUUGUAUCGUGCGGGAAUGUAAGAAUACAUCAAUAAGAAACCCGGAAAAGUUGUGGAUUAAAGUACCCAGUGAUGAGAAAAUGCGAAACACCUGGUUACAACUAGCUAACAGAGAUCCCGUUUCUCUGUCCAGUGGAACUGCAGUGUAUUUCUGUGAAGAUCACUUUAAUGUAGGUUCAAGAAACUGACAACUAAUGAAGAAUGUUAACUAAUUUUGAUUAUUAAAUUAGCACUCCAUAUUCUCUGUCUAAAAUAAAAAAUACUAGUGAAAAAAUUACUUCGAUACCUCAAUUAGUUUCCGAUUUAGACGUAAAACAAGUUGUAAACGCCCGGUGAUGGUGUGACGUCACACCACAACACGCUCAAUCUGGCUCACUCAGUCCGCUAGCGAUCGCGCGUCCGUGCCGUCAAAAUGUCCAAUCCAAAUACCAGAAAAUCAUGUGUUGUGCCUAAAUGUAAAAAUACAACUACCAAUUCGCCGGAUAAUUUUUUUUUUAUCGUUCCUAAGGACGUUAAAAUGAGAAAAAAAUGGAUAAAAGCUAUGAAGAGGUUAGAUCCGUUUGGAGAUAACAGUACAGUUUAUUGUUGUGAAGACCAUUUUAACCUUGAAAGUGACAUGGAAAAUUAUAUACGAUAUAAAAUCAUGGGUUCAGUUAAAAGAAUCAAAAUGAAUCCUAAUUGUGUGCCAACUCGAUUUAGUUGUCAAACGGAGGGAAAACGCAAGCAUUUGGUAACUAAAGUUGAGGGUGUUGUCAAGAAAAGAGUACACUCCAUUGAAAAAUCUACACUAUCAAAUAGUUCAGAUGCAUCCGGCGAUCCUGUCGUGUCGGCAUCGACUUCAAAUCAACCUGUUCAGAGUAAUGAAAAACAACUUAUUACGAGGGAGACUCGGACAGAACAUAACGAGACCUAUGAGAAUUUAGCAGACAACAGACAAAUAAUGGUAAAGAUUGAAGACGAGGAAAUACUUGAGAAAAUACAGAACAGUAUAAAUUAUGAAACGAAAACCGUUCCACAACAUGUAGAGGACAAAGUGAAAACUGAUCGUCCUCGUCGAACACAAGUUAGAAAGAAUGUUCUAGAAGUAACGAACGUGGUCUGUGGAAGUAAGAGGAAGAAAGAAGUUACCCUGAAGAGGAAGGUCAUCUGCAGUCCUAAGGUGUAUCAGAAUGCUUUAGCUACCAAAGUCGACACUAUUAUAGCAAGAGUCUACCACUUCUUUAAGAAGGAAUAUGACUUUCUAGCGAAGAAAUAUGGGAAGUUGCUGGACCUGACUCCCUUCUCUAAGCAUAAGGAACGGACGGCACAAGCCACCGGCUUUCAUAUCAAUGUGGUGGAGAAGGCGGUAGCUGAAGUAGUGAAGAAGCCAGGGAAGAAGCCAAAGAAGAAGAAAAGAAAGAAGAAUAUAAAGAAAAUAGAGGUGGAGGAUAAUAGGUGAGAAGAAUUUUUUAUAGUAACAAUCGUGAGACUGAUUCAUUAUGAAAUGAUGUAACGGUUU